AAUACAAGGAAGGUGAUUACAUACCUCUCUUCGCCAACAAAGCUUGUCCUUAUCAAGGAGAUCCAUGUGAGCCAUAUUCAUAUUUUGAUUUGCCAUUCUGCCCUCCUGGAGAUCCAAUACCCAACAGAAAGAAAUCCUUUCAAGAACUUUUAGAAGGAGAUUGCUAUGUCAACACUUGGUAUGAAUUGAGGUUCAAGAUGGGAACAAGAAGGAAGCUCCUUUGUGAGAAAAAUCUGACCAGAGAAGAAGUUGAGAAAUUUAGGGACGCCAUUGCAAAUGAAACUAUGUACGAGAUGUACUAUGAUAACAUUCGCUUGGAAGAGCAAGAUGGAGUUAAUGCUUCGGAUCUAGAGUUCCCCCCAAUCCAGUACCAAGUUGGACUUUAUCUUAUCAAUCACCUGGACUUUCAUUUCCUUUACUUAGGAAACAAAGUGAAAGCUAUAUAUGUUAUGGGUCACUACGAUUUUUCUGGGGAAAUAUCUAAGGACGCUGAAAUCAAAGUAGUCAACUUCACGUAUUCUGUCUUCUGGGAAGAUUUUGAAUCCAAGCAAGAGAAUCAAGACGAGGUCAGUGACUUGUCGAAGCACGUUGGAGGAGAUGAUCAUGUGCCUUAUGCUACUACAGCUUUCGUCAUCUGCAUCUGGCUUGGGUUGCUUUGUGCAGUGAUUGUGGCAUACACAUACCUUAGAAAGUAUUUUACUCGGAUUUCUUUUGGAGAAGCUGCAGGGGUUGGUCAUGGUGAUGCGUGCAGAUGUCCUCGGUACUCGUCCCUAGUUGGGGCCAUCUGGGUGUUGGAACUCAGCAGUUCAUUAUGUAAGCCAUAUCUGCUAUAUGCUUGUAAAUUCUGA